AGCUCGGACGGAGGAAUCUCUUCGGAAGAAGAUCUGCGCCGCGACUCGUGCGCGCCCACUCCUAUCAGUGCGCCGCCGACCGCAAGGGAUGCGACGGUACCAAGUCCAAUGGCCCACGGUCUCUUCAUACCCAGGAUCUUCUUCUCGGGCCAUUUUCCACCCUCUCCCAGCCAUUUGCUCUGCCGCUUGCCAUGCGCAUCGAAUUGGUACACGACUCCAGGAUGCUUGCGAUACUUUUCGAACUCGCUGGCAUGGAACGCGCGCAGACGGUCUCGCCGGUCUCUGGCCGCCGCUAGAGGAUCCGGACUGUCAGGCCGGCUAUCUCGGAUAUCGGGCGAGCUGGGCAGGCUUUCGGGCAAAUUGAAGGUCACGCUGCUGCCUUCCCUUCGCAGCGAGUCAGGUGCCGGUGUUUUCGGCUUGUCGGUGUUGACCUGCAGCGUCGUGAAGCCGCGCCGACUUCGCAAGCUCGAUUUGAGCGGCAUGCCGUUCGGAUCAAGAGGCUGGCUGGGCUCUGUGUUGACCUGCAAGGUUGCGAAGCCACGUCGACUUCGUAAGCUCGAUUUGAGCGGCAUGCCGUUCGAAUCAAGGGGUUGACUCGUUUGAGCGACUCCACUCAACUUCGAAAUCGAUGCGGGGCGCUGGGAGAUUGUGUUUGAAAAAGUCGUCCGAGCCGAUGCCUUGCCAUUCGACGAUUCUGUGCGCGCUUUCUUCAAGGGUCGGGUAUUUUGGUUCCACGAGCUGUCUUGGCCUGCGCGACGUUCGAGCGAUCCACUGAGAAAUGGAACGCUUUAUCAGCCAAUUUCGGCAAAUAGUCUGGGGGACACCUCUUGACUCACCUAUGCGGAUCGGCGCUUGGCCUGGGCAAAGGUAAGAAGCGUGCAGAGUGAACAGG